GCACAGUGCCCGCGCUUGCCAGGCGGGCGCCUGGCGUGGGCAGCAGCAGGCGCCGCCCCCGGGCGCUGCCGCUGUUGAACGCGACCGGCACGGAGGCCGGCCGCCGGCCGCCGGCCUGGCGGCCUGGCGGCCUGAGGGCGUUCCUCGGGGCUCAGGUGUAA